UCGGUUUCGGUUUUUGCUUUAGUUGAGAGAAAAUCGUCGCUUAGUUAACGUCGCCCAAGAACUAAACUGGCAGUGCACCACAACCGCCACGAAUAUACGAAACCGAUCCAAGUCCAAAUCAAAAACUAAAAAUCCAAAUUAAAACCAAAUCGAAACCGAAUCGAAUCGAAUCGAGUAGUUCCAGAUAAAGCCACCCGAUCGGAAUAAAUCGCAGCCCCUACAGUCAGCACUAAAAGAAGAUGGCCCAACCACAGUUGCUGCAAGUGAAACUGUCACGUUUCGACGCCCAACCCUGGGGAUUCCGCCUUCAGGGGGGCACGGACUUCGCCCAGCCCCUUCUGGUGCAAAAGGUGAACGCCGGCAGCUUGUCCGAGCAGGCUGGCCUCCAGCCCGGCGAUGCGGUGGUCAAGAUCAACGACGUGGAUGUCUUCAAUCUGCGGCACAAGGAUGCCCAGGACAUUGUGGUGCGCUCCGGCAACAACUUUGUCAUCACAGUGCAGCGUGGCGGUUCCACCUGGAGGCCGCAUGUGACGCCCACUGGCAACGUGCCGCAGCCAAACUCGCCGUAUCUGCAGACGGUGACGAAGACCUCUCUGGCUCACAAACAACAGGACAGCCAGCACAUCGGCUGUGGCUACAACAACGCGGCCCGUCCCUUCUCGAACGGCGGCGAUGGCGGCGUGAAGAGCAUUGUCAAUAAACAAUACAACACCCCGGUUGGCAUUUACAGCGAUGAAUCUAUUGCGGAAACACUCUCGGCCCAGGCGGAGGUUUUGGCUGGCGGUGUGCUCGGCGUCAACUUCAAGAAGAACGAGAAGGAAUACCAGGGCGACCGGUCCGAGGUGCUGAAGUUCCUGCGCGAGGAGGAGACCGGCCAGUCCACUCCAGAGCCACACAGUCCGGCGAACUUCUACUGGACACAAAGCCAUGCGAUUGGCGGCAACGAGCGGCGGACUCCGCUGCACCAUCAAUUCGAGCAGCAGGACGAGCGGAUUGGGGUGCCAUUGCAAUCGAACACUUUGGCGCCGUCGGCAACGCACAGGCCCAGUUUGCCAGUGGCCCAGAAGGACAAGGAGGAACUGGCCAGACAGGAUCAGAAUCAGCAGCAGGAGCAGGCUGAUCCGCGCAUCAUUGUGCUGCCCAUCUGCCCGGGUCUCCAGGGACCGGAGUACAAGGCCGAAAUGGAGGCGGCUGCCGCGGCUCUGGCCACCGACCAGGAUGGACGACCACGUCCAUUGGCCGCCAGCGGACAUCCGGCCUGCCAGCUGUGCGGCGUGGGCAUUGUCGGCGUUUUCGUGCGCAUCAAGGACAAGAACCUGCACGUGGAGUGCUUCAAGUGUGCCACCUGCGGCACCUCGCUGAAGAACCAGGGCUACUACAACUUCAACAACAAGCUCUACUGCGACAUCCACGCCAAACAGGCCGCCAUCAACAACCCGCCCUCCGGAACCGAGGGCUAUGUUCCCGUCCCCAUCAAGCCCAACACCAAGCUGAGUGCCUCCACCAUCUCGUCGGCCUUGAAUUCGCACGGAUACGGUGGCAGCUCGAACGGCUACUCCAAUGGAAACUCCACUCCGGCUCCGCCUGAGUCUGAGAGCAGCCAGGAGUUGCCCCUGCCGCCACCCCCCUCGCCCACCCAGCUGCUGCAGUACGAAUCGGAGUCCCCGGAGCAACAUGUGUCCCCCAACCAACAGCAACAGCAGCAGCAGUUGCAGCAGCAAAAGCAGGAGCACACGCGCACCCACAGCAGCCUGUCGUCCAUCUCCAGCGGAUCCUCCUCCUCCGGAGUGGGCGGCAGUGGCAGUGGGAGUGGCAGUGGCAGCGGCAGCGGAAUGGGAUUGGGAAUGGGGAGUGGAGUGAGCCAGCAGAGCCAACAGAGCUACUCAUCCACGCUAUCGCUCGACCGCUUCGGUUCGCCUUUGCAUUCGCGGCAGACAUCCGCUUCGUCCACGUCGCUGGAGGUGGGUCCAUUGCCACCCGCUCCCCUGCCACCUGCCACUGCCACCGCCGGUCAGGUUGAUAAUUACACAAUGCCCCAUGCCCCGCCCUCGCCGCCGCCGCCGCCUCCUCCUUCGCAGAGUCAGUCGGUGACGAAUUACAGGCUGCAGGCGCAGAACGAGAAUGACAUGAAUACGCAGAACAAGGGCCCCAAUGCGUACAACCAGCUGUUGAAAGAGUACUCCAACAAGCUGCAGCAGCAGCAACACCCCCACAACAGCAACAACAACAACACUACACCCGCACAGAGACACAACAACACGGCCAAGCCCUUUGCAGCUGCAACAGCAACAACACCACAACAGCAACAACUACAGCACACGCAACACCAACAACAGCCGCUUGUGGCAGCGCUAACGGCGACACUUGCUAAUCAAUUGAAAUUUAACCCACAUCAGGUUGCAAGCCCCCAAGCAACAGUAGCAACAGCAACAGCAACAGCAAUACCAUCUGCCACAGCAGCAACUGCAACAGAUAGCCUAGCUGCAACAGCAACAACCUCAACAGCAACAGCAGCAACAACAGCAACGGCAGACAAUAUGUCGGCCUACGUGGCGGAUGAGCCAUCUUCGAUUUAUGGCCAGAUUAACAGCAGUGCCAAUCCGCCACCCCCACAACUUCCACCCGCCAAUGCCAGCGGGGGCGAUCAGCCCUUCGAGUACGUCACGCUCACCGGCAACGUCAUCCGCAGCGUACAAGCCCCCGGAAAGGGGGCGUGCCCCAACUACAAGGUCAACCAGGGGUAUGCUCGUCCCUUCGGUGCCGCCGCUCCCAAGUCGCCGGUGAGCUAUCCGCCGCAGCAGCAACAACAAUCGCCGCGUCCCGCUCCCGGCAACAACAACAUCAACAACAACCCGUACGCCACUUUGCCCCGCAGCAAUGUCGGCCAACAAGGUGGAGAGGUUGCGGAGGAGCUGCAGCCGGAGUUCGAGGAGGAGGACUGCUACGAGGUGGACAUCGAGGUGGCCCUGGCCGCCAGUCGCCAGUCGCAGCGGGGCUCCAGUUUCACCUGGCCACCGCCGCAGGACGACAGCCACUUGGCGCCCACCGCCGCUCCCCUGUACAUCCCUCCCCCGGAAACGCAGCACGUGGUGGUCGCCAAUCCGGUGCAGCAAGUGCCGCCUUUGCCACCCGGAGGCGCCACCACCCGACUGGAUCCGCAGCCUCAGGAUGCGCAGGCUCCUCCGCCGCAAUGGCAGAGCUACUCGGCUCCCCAGUUGACCACCUCGAAUGGCCGCCAGUUGGCGGGGGAGCAGGAGUCCAGUUCGGAUAGCUACACAUCCACCUCGACCACGACGACCACCACUUCGGAGGAGUACCAGCGGAUGUACGCCGCCCAGGUGCAGGCCUACCAACUGCAGGAGCAGUCCGGUUCGGAGUUCGACUACCAGGUGGACUAUGGCAGCACCCAGGAUUCCAUCCAGGAUUACCCCUCGGGAAGGAGGAGCGCCCAGGAGUGCGUGGACUCGCUGGCGGUGCCGCUGAGCACCUACAAGCUGGUGGACAUGGUAAGGGAGGUGACGCCCAGUCCCGUGACCACGCCCACUCAAACUCCCGCUCCCGCCCCCUCCGCGCGUCGCGUGGUCUUCAACGACGAGCCGGAGAUCAAGGAGCUGCCUGGUGAGCUGGAGACCAUACCGGAAGCCAUUGAAAGUGCCGAUGAUCGCGAGGGUCUGGUGAUCGAGCAGCGCUGCCAAAUCCUGGAGAGCGAGCGGAAGUUCCAGCCGACGCCGGAGAUCAAGAUCGAGAUUGCCCCUGUGAGACAGAUACCGCCCACCAAGAUCCCCAAUCCCUCGCCCAAGGAGUGGAUCAAUCCGAUGAUCCGGGUGCUAACCACAGCGCCGGAGGUGCCCUUCCACCUGGUCGAGUGUCCCUUUCCCCGCCCAUGUGGCGAUGACUUCGAGGAGGAGGCGGCCAGAGCCGCUCAAGAGGUGGUGGCUCCUCCGCCCGCCAAUCCUCCUCCACCAGCUCCUCAACCAGUUGAAGUUCCAGUUCCUGCUCCUGUGGAACCCUUGCCCGCUCCUCUGAGGGAGUCUCCUCCGCGGGGUGCCCGCCUCUCCCAAGCCAUGGUCACCGCUCCCGAGUUCGAGCUCAAGUUCGCUCCCCCCGAUCAGGGUGUCCCUCUGCCGGAGGAGACGGAGCCGUACAUGCCACCACCCAUCGAUACGAAACCCUAUCUGCGGGAGGACUACCGCCCCAAGUCGCCGUUUGUGAGUGCGCUGACCACCGCCCCGGAGCGUCCCUUCGAAGGCCACUUCGACAAGGACGUGCCCAUCCACAUGAUCGACCUGCCCACCCCCAAAGAGCACCUGACCAUGUCCGAUGCCCUGUGUACCGCCCCCGAAAGAGGAUACACGCCCCUCAAUCCCGAGAAUGCCACGCAUCGCGUGGACGAGGAGCAGAAGCAGCAGGAACUGAAGAAGCGUGAAUUUCAGGUGCUCGACCACGAGGAGGAGCUGGGCAUCCGUCCGGAGCCGCCGCAGUCCGUGGAGUACUUCGAGACGCGCAGGGAUCAGCCGAGGAAGUCCUCCGCCUUCGCCGCCAUGCAAGCAUUCCAGCCAUCCCGCGAACCGCUCUCCUCGAACUCCGUCUCGAAUGCGGGAAGUGUGCAGGACACCCCAAGAGCUUCGAUUGUCUCCGCUCUGAAGGAGGAAACGGAUCUGGAGUACCAGAAGUACUGCAAGGCGCAGCAGCGGAACCAGAAGCGGCUAGACUUCUACCACAAGAAGGAGGAGGAGCUGUCGGGCAUCCAGGGACUGCAGCUGACCCAACUGCAGAGGGAGCUGUCCAACCAGCAGCAGAGCCUCCUGAGCGAACAGCAGUUGCAGCAGGCGAAGUUGCUGCAGUUGCAGCAGUGCGCCCAAAGUCGGGAGUUGCAGCAGCAGAUGCAGCAGAUCGGACGCAAGUCGCAGCAGCAGCAGCAACACUCCCAACUCUCUGAAACACCCAGAAACCAACAGCAACAACAGCAAUCUCAACAACAACAACAGCAAAUCCCAUCCGUAACCCAACAGCAACAUCGACCUUCUCUCACCCAAAACCAAAACCAAAACCUGUUAACCCAGCAAAGUGCUCAGUCUCAGAGUUCCGCUAACUCCUCUUCCACAGUCCCACCUGCCACCGCUUUUGCUCCAGCUCCAGCUCCAGCUCCAGCUCCUGCUCCAAUUCAAGCUCCAGUUAGAGCUCCUGCUCCACUGCAAGUUCAACUGCCUGCUUUACCUCAAUUACCUGCUCCCAAACAAACACUCGCUGUACAUAGCGCCCAAUUCGAUGCCCACGAACUGAUCGAGGAGACCGCCGAGGAGCUCGAGCACUCGGAGGUCCUGUUUCCGCCGCCCUCCCCGCUCAGCCACCUGACCAAGCAGGGCAAAGCCGUACAGUCCGGCCUCCACAAGGCGGACAGCAUACCCAAGUACCAGCGCAACUGGACGGUGCUGCCCACCCAGAGUCCCAUUCGCACCCCGGAGCCGCAGGAGCUGCGCGAGAACGUCCCGCUGGCCUUCGUGGAUGCUCCCAAGGCGCCGGUGGCCACCAGCGAGUGCUCCACUGUACAUAGACCCAUAGCCCUUAGCCAGGCGGUGGCUCCGCCGACAACUGUGGUUGCUCCCUCCAGGGAAAGGGAACCGGAGAGGGAGCGGCGACCGCAGCUGUCGGUGCCCAUCAUAGUCGAGGAUCGAUCGGGUCCAGUAACGAUGGCUUUCCAACCGCUAGACGAACUGGUGCGUCCGGAUCAGGCCCUCACGCCCACCAGGCCGUACACGCCCUCGCUGACCAACAAGCCGGCUCCGAUUGUGCCCUUCUACCAAACCGAGGAGAAGCUCGUCUUCGAGGAGUGCUCGGCCACCCAUGCCAGGAACUACAGCGAGCUGACAGCCUCGCCCUUCCCCGAUAGAACUCGAUCCCCCGCUCCAGGACCACCGCCCAAUCCACUGAAUGCCAUCAGAGCUCCAAGGAUGAGGGAACCAGAGGUCAAGUCGAACAUCCUAUCCGUUUCGGGAGGAGGACAGCGCCUGCCCGCGGGAUCCAUCACCACUGGCCAGAGUUACCAGGGCCAGUUGCUCGCCCAUUCGGAGCAGAGCAGCCAGUCGGCCAGCCAGAGCUUCAGCCAGCAGCCGGAGAGGAUCACGGAGCAGCGGGUGGGCAACCUGAGUGUCCAGCAGAGGGAGCAAUCCUCCCAGCUGCAGCAGCAGGCUCAGUCGCAAUCGCAGAGCCAAACGCGCAGCCAGGUGGGCAACACGCAGAUCGAGAGGCGUCGCAAGGUCACCGAGGAGUUCGAGCGCACCCAGAGUGCCAGGACCAUUGAGAUUCGCACGGGUUCCCAAUCCGUCAGCCAGUCAAAGGCACAAACCCAAUCAGUAACUCAAAGCCAGGCUCAGCAGCAAUCGCAGAAUCAAAACCAAUCGGAUACGGAGCGCAGAUCCUCGUACGGCAAAACAGGAUUCGUGGCCAGUCAGGCGAAGCGUUUGUCCUGUUUGGAGCAGGAGAUCACCAGCCUGACCAGUCAAUCGCAGGCUAUCAGUGCCCGGGCUUCGGCUCUCGGCGAGGGAUGCUUCCCCAACCUCCGAUCGCCCACCUUCGACUCGAAGUUCCCCAUCAAACCGGCACCCGUUGAAUCCACAGUGCCUGGCUAUGGAGCUCCAAUCUCUUCGGGCAACAAGCUGACAGUUCCACCACCUGGUUUCCUCCAACAGCAGCAGCUGCAGCAGCAGCAACAACAGCAGAGAUCUGCCUUCUCCGGUUAUCAGGCAACCACCUCUUCAGUACAGCAGAGCUCGUUUGCGAAAGCCACCUCCUCAUCGCUCUCAUCCUCACAAGCAUCAGCAUCUCAGUCUCAGUCUCAAUCGCAAACUGCUUCGAGAUCGUCGCAAAGUCUAACCCAAGCUUCUGCUAUUACUACCACCACUAAUAACCAGGCCACCACGGCCUUCAGGAGAGGCAGCAAUAGCAAUGGCAGCCAAACUCAGCCUAAUCCGGCCUCGCGGCCAUCCAUCGCUUCCAUCACAGCUCCAGGAUCGAUCGGUGCUCCACCGCCGAAAGCCAUUGCUCCAUUGAAAGCUCCGAUCGCCCCGAAAUCGGUGAUCGCUAACGCAGUUAAUGCCGCCGCUCCGCCUGCGCCCGCUGUCUUUCCGCCAGACUUGAGUGGUCUGAACUUGAACUCAAGUGUGGAUGAUUCCCCAGGUGCCGGAAACAAGAGCGCCGGAGCCUUCGGAGCCACCUCGGCACCCAAGAGGGGUAGAGGUAUCCUGAACAAGGCCGCCGGACCCGGAGUGCGCAUCCCCUUGUGCAACAGCUGCAACGUGCAGAUCAGAGGACCAUUCAUCACGGCUUUGGGACGCAUCUGGUGCCCGGAUCACUUCAUCUGCGUGAACGGCAACUGCCGUCGUCCUUUGCAGGACAUUGGCUUCGUUGAGGAGAAGGGCGAUCUGUACUGCGAGUACUGCUUCGAAAAGUACUUGGCGCCCACUUGCAGCAAGUGCGCUGGCAAAAUCAAGGGUGACUGUUUGAAUGCCAUUGGUAAGCACUUCCAUCCGGAGUGCUUCACCUGCGGCCAGUGCGGCAAGAUCUUUGGCAACAGGCCCUUCUUCCUGGAGGACGGAAAUGCCUACUGCGAGGCAGAUUGGAACGAACUGUUCACCACCAAGUGCUUCGCCUGUGGCUUCCCCGUGGAAGCUGGCGAUCGGUGGGUGGAGGCCCUGAACCACAACUACCAUAGCCAAUGCUUCAACUGCACGUUCUGCAAACAGAACCUGGAGGGACAGAGCUUCUACAACAAGGGCGGUCGUCCCUUCUGCAAGAAUCACGCGCGCUAAAUCGCCCAUCAGCUGAUUUUGUUCGACUUCAGGGAUCACGCACACUAACCAACCAACCAACCAACAACAACAACUAUCUUUACAAUCCUCGGAUUACUCGGAUAUGGAAGCACUAUCGAAGCUCCCAAAAACUCGUAUCUAAAUGCUUAUUAUUGCAAUUGUCAGAGUGAAUAAUGCGUAACUAUUAUUAUUUCUAUUUGUUUUUGAAUUGUGCACACAAAUGUUAUCCUAAUUUUAAAUGAUGAGCGAAUCACUCUGAAUCAAGAACCGUAGCUGCAAACGACACGAAAUCGAAUUAGCUAGCAAAUUAUAUAUGCCCCCAAAACAACAACUACACACCUAAACAAACACACACAACUAUUAUUUAUUCAAACAUCGUAUCAUAACCGAAAAUAUACCGAUCCCACGCUAAAUAUGUAUGUACUAUUGUGGCCAGAGUUAAUUUACUUUUACUUAGUUGAGCCUGAUAACUGUUGAUCAACCCGGAAUUAAAAGCUAACAAAUCGCGCGAGAGGAUUUCCCCGGAACUCGAUUGGCAGCCAAAUCGGAUGAGUUAGGAAAGUCAAACGAGGUUGUUCGCCAGGCAGGCAGUUGCUAACUUUACUUCUAAAUUAAUGUUGUAAAUUAUCCAUAAUUCGAUUGUAAAUUGUAAAUGAUCAGCAAGUGAAUAAAAUUUCGAAAUCUUGUUCGCGUUUAA